ACUACCCUCCUCUGCCCCGAUACCCCCCCACACACACCAUCUGCCUUGAUAUCCCGUUACACACACCCAUUGCCCCAGCACCCCAAGCUGCACCAGGGAAGUGCAGCACCCCUCAGCAAUCCCAAGUUGUGCCCAGGGGGCCCCUGGCUACUUCUCUGCCCAAUACCACUUCCUGAUCCACUCCUUGUAGCUGAGGCAGGACUCAGUUGCUGCCAACAAUGCUGAGGUUCCAUGCCACUCAGACCCAGGUCAAUGAUGCAGACCUGCACCCCCAUCCAGGCUUCCUCCCACCAGCCCUGUGCCCCCCUCCAACCUUCCUAGUAGCCUCAGUCCAUAUGCCCUCCACAGCCCCUGCAUCCCACAGCCUCCCCAAUGCUCCCCCCCCCAAUAGCUCCCACCACCUCUGUGCCCCCUCCAGCUGCCCUACACGCCCUCCAGCCUCUGUGCCCACAGCCCUCUCAUAUCCCCGCAGUCCCUGUGUCCCCCACAACCUCCCUGAUAGCCUCCAUACCCCACAGCUCUUGUACUCUCCCAGUACCCACAAUAGCCUCCUUCACAGCUCCCACAAACUUCCCAAUCCCUAUGCCCCUAACUCGAAUCCCUCUUCAAAGACUACACCCGGUCCUCCACCCCAAAUACCCAGAUAUCUCUGAGUUGCUGUUGGAUUCCCAAGGGGACAAAGAAAACUUGAGCAAUAUGGUUCUGCAGCAGGGUGACCUCUGAAGCCUGUUGCUUGUGCUCUCUGCUGCCUGCCCUGCUCCCUGCAUCACUGAGCUGGGAGCGGGUUGAUUUGCAGCCUGGUUCCUGCUCUAGGGUCCAGCGUGGUCCAGUUUGCUGAGAUGUCUGCAGACGCAGCCAAGUCCCACCCACUGGUACAGGCACUGGUUCACCUCACUGCAGGGGCAGCAGGCGGGGUGGCAUGUGUGGUGAGCGGGCAGCCCUUUGACACAAUCAAGGUGAAGAUGCAGACCUUCCCCACCAUGUACCGGGGUUUCUUUGACUGCUCAGUCCGGACGUACCGGCAGGAAGGGCUGCCUGGGCUGUACCAGGGCACCACUCCAGCCCUGCUUGCUAACGUGGCAGAGAAUGCAGUGCUCUUCGCUUGCUAUGGCUUCUGUCAGCAGCUGGUGAGGCAGCUGUUUGGACUGAGCAGUGUGGUGGAGCUGAGCGACCUGCAGAGUGCACUUGCCGGCUCGUUCUCCUCUGUCUUUUCCUCUAUGGUGCUGUGCCCUGCGGAGCUGGUGAAAUGCCGCAUGCAGGCCUUACAUGAGAUGAAGGUCACCGGGCGAACAGCACUAGCACGUCACAGCUCUACCUGGGCUACUGUGAAAAAUAUCUUUCAAUCUGAGGGCCUGCUGGGAUUUUUCCAGGGCCUGACCAGUACUUGGCUACGGGAGGUACCUGGCUACUUCUUCUUCUUUGGUGGCUAUGAAGUCAGUAGAAGCUUUUUCACCCAGGCUGGUCAGUGCAAGGAGGAUCUGGGUUCUCUUCCCCUAACAGUGAGUGGUGGGAUGGGGGGGGCCUGUUUCUGGCUGGCCGUCUAUCCCAUUGACUCAGUGAAGUCUCGGAUCCAGGUGCUUUCCAUGGCAGGGCGGCAAGAUGGCUUCCUGCUCUCCUUUCUUCACAUCUUGAGGACAGAAGGUUUCACGGCUCUUUACUGUGGACUGAUGCCCACAGUGAUACGCGCACUCCCCUCCAACGGUGCCCUCUUCCUAGCCUAUGAAAUGACGAGGAAAAAGCUAACUGGCCUGCUUGAUAGGACACCCUGAGGUCAGAGGUCAAGGCCUGAUUUGGAAGGUGGCAUUAUAAAGCAGCUUGAACUAAGUUUGGGACUCCUUUCUGGCUGCUAUGGCCAAACCUUUCUGGAUGGUUCUCAGUGCCUUUGGAUUUUUGACACCUCCCAGCCUGGGAAGGACAGAUGUCAGCAGGCACUGAGCAGGCUGGCAUUUAAGGAGUAAUAUUAUGUUCACAGGCAUUUCAAAGGGAUGGGGACAAGGUUCAACCCCUGGCCAAUGCAAAACUGAAUCAUAUAGAUUUCCUUCUCUAGUGGGUUCCCUGUGUGCCUCCUUUCUAAAAGUCUACUCUUUAAUCUGCAUUUCUGAUCAAAUCCAAGUGACCUGUGUUUGCUGAAAUGGAGCAGAGAAGUAAGCAUGCCCCAGCAGGCAAUGGUGUCUAAUAUGAUAUGUUUGUCUUUAUGUACAUAGAUAUAAUGAGAAUAAAACGUUCCUAGAUUUUUGUGGCAAUAAAUUAAAAUCUCUAA